AUGAGGCUGCCGCCUUCUUCUCAUCCCAAUCAGGUUGACUCUGGUCAGAGCGUGGCUCAUGCAUGUCAAGGAAGCGCCAUGGCAGCAUCUUUCCUCAAAUUACUGACAGUGGUUGGUAUCAGCAGAGAUCAGUGGAUUGGCGUGGCAGUUGGAACUGUGGGCGAUGUUGUUCGGAUCGGCCCGAACGAGGUUGUUUUUAUCACACCUAAGGCGGCAGAAGACAUCUAUGAAUCGCACACCAAGCAUAUGGAACACUUCACCAGAACAGACUGGCUGGACCUCGGCGAGGGCGAAGAUGGUAUUAUCUGGGAGAGAGACCCUGUCAGGCAUCGCAUAGUUCGCAAAAGACUAUCACCAGCUUUCAGCGUUCGGUCAUUGAACGCCAAAGAACCCACUCUCCAUAAACAUAUCGACUAUUUCCUCGACAGAAUGCGUGAGCUCGGAAGCGUGGAAGGCGGAGUUGAGCUCCGCCAGUGGACUGACUGGCUUGCGCUUGACGUAUCAGCCGACAUGGCGUACAGUCGAGAGAUGAAGCAGAUGCAGACAAUGAGAAAUGCGCCCCUUCUCGACGCUCUAUGGGCUGUGAACUUCUUUCUAGCCGUCAACGCAGUGACCAAGAAAUUCCGCCUAUUAUCUCCGCUCAAGUUUCUCUUCAUACCGCCAUCACUAAUCGCAACUCUGCCACGGACCCUAGCCUUGAACCACAGAGAAGUCCUAACCCGCAUCGAACGCCGGGGUAACACCAGCCACCUCGACUAUUUUGAGCAUCUGUGCCCGCCAGACGCACCCGAGCCUGACAAGAAGGAGCUGAAGCACAUGGAGAUCAUCGCAGGCCAGCUGUUGAGCGCGGGCUAUGAGCCUAUCUCGAGCCAAUUCCUUUGCACUCUCAUCUUCCUGGCGCAAAAUGCUGAGAGCUAUCAGCACCUGACGGAGGAGAUCCGACGUGAGUUCCAAAGCAGUCAUGACAUUACCACCGAGACUGUUGCCCACCUCCGCUUCCUCAAUGCCUGCCUGCUGGAGACACUGCGCAUCACCGUCAUCGGCGCUGGAGGUCUACCGCGUGUGUCUCCAGGCGCUAUGGUAGACGGCCACUAUCUUGACAAAGGCAUCAAUGUCCAGUAUGGGCACUUCGCUUUCACAAGGAGCAGACGCUACUUCCACUCGCCGGAGAGCUUCAGGCCCCAGCGGUGGUUGCCUCGUGACCAUGAGCACUGGGAUGCGGCAUUCGAAGACGAUGCGAGGGAUGCGUUCUGGCCGUUCAGCCGGGGCCCUCGCAGCUGUCCGGGUAUGGGCUCGGCGUGGAGGCAGACAAGGGUGUUCAUUGCUAAGGUGCUAUGGAACUUUAAUUUGGAGAGGAUCCCUGGUGAGGAGGUUGUCUUUCAGCGUGAUUUUCGGUCGUAUGCAAUGUGGGAGAAGCCUCAGUACCGGGUGCGCUUUCGGCCAGUCCAUAGAGACUGA